CUAUUUGUGCUUGUUUUUAAUUGUGUUAUGAAGUUCAUUGGUUCCUGUUAAUGCUUGCAAAAAUGAAUACUUCAUCAGUGAUCCUCUUUGAUUUCUGUUAAAUUUUGCUACAACUCUUCUUUCCAUAUUAUCUACAAUUUAUUUGUAGAUGCUGCUGCUGCUAUUUCCUGUGGUAGUCAUUAAUAUUCUUCCAUCAUGAAUCUUAAGUGAUGGUAACUUCAUGGUAGAUUAUAUGGUUAGCCAAAUCACAUUCAGAUUUGAUUUCUUGAAUGAAAUGAUUGCUUGAUAGUUGAUACAUGGAGGUGGUGCACUCUGAUGGAGUGAUGGUUACAUUUUUCUUCCUUCUGGGAGGGGCACAUCAGCCCAUCUGAAUGGUAUUGAUAAAAAGACACAACAGACAAGGCGGUCAUUGUCUGACUAUUUCUUUGGUUUGCUUGGGUUGCGAUAAUGUGCUUUACUUUGGUGCACUACUCUUGAUUUCAUACCAAUCUGUUGCUAGCAUGAAUCAUGAUUGCUUUUUGUUGUGUGGUUGAGCAAUGGAUAUAAUUGACUUCUUUAGAUAUCUAGAUACUUGCAUUUCAAGAACCAUUUUGCUGAUUGGUGUCUUGGUUGACAUUGUAGAUGAUUUAAAUAUGCAUAGGAUUAUAUGAUGUAAUAAAGCGCAGGAUUGGUGAGCACAGACAUGAUGAUUCAAAUACAUUGUGGUUGUAAAUUUCAAAAUCUUUGGUCAAACAUGCAAUAUGAAUGAAUUCAGGCAACUGCAUAUCGUCACACCCUUGGCGCUCUGGGGCAUUGAUAGUGUGAAUCCUGCUGUCCAUCAAGUUUAACACUAGCUAUCUUUAUGGCUAUGUAGUUAAGCAUAUAAACUAUAAAGAUAUAACUGUGUGCACAGUGACAGAAUUGAGGAUUUGAUGAGUGGUGCCUCCAGUUCAGGUGGCCUACGGGCUGCUCUCUCCUAUUGUGUGCAGCAAGUACGGAAUUAUGACUAUCAUCGCUACCUUUGCCUUCUUGAACUUCCACCAAAUAUGAGAAUAGCUGCUUUUGCACUCUCUGCUUUUAAUGUAGAGACAUCCAGAGCUAUGGAUGUGUCCUCUGAUCCUAAAAUCGGUCUUAUGCGCCUGUUGUGGUGGCAAGAAGCUCUGGACAAGCUAUACGCCAACAAGUCGAUUGAGCAUCCAGUAGCACAGGCGCUUGCAUCUGUGAUAUCUCAAAAUAAAAUUAGCAAGAGUUGGUUGAAGCGUUCGGUGGAAGCUCGGAUUAAUGAUGCCAGAAGAGAGGACACUGACAUACCAAAAACCGUUGAAGAGUUGGAGCGGUAUGCAGAAGACACUGCAUCGACUAUUCUGUACUCCACACUUGAAGCGGGCGGCAUUAGAUCGACAGUUGCAGAUCAUGCAGCAUCACACAUCGGAAAGGCGAAUGGGCUUCUUUUGCUGCUAAGGUCAUUACCUUACCAUGCGAGUCGAAACCGCCAUCUUGUUUACAUACCUGCUGACGUGGCUGAGAAACAUGGAUUGUUAGUACAUCAAAGUGGUCAGUCAGAGAUUCGUUUGGAUUCCCGUGAGAGCAUGUGCGAUGCGGUGUUUGACAUGGCAUCUGUUGCUAAUGCACAUCUGCAGAAAGCUCGUGAAUUGAGAGGAAAAGUGCCGGCUGAAGCCCGGCCAGUGCUUCUACCCGCUGUCCCUGCUCAGGUUAUGCUGGAUUCUCUAAGCUGUGUGCAGUUCGACGUGUUUGAUCCAAGACUAACACGAGGGAUUUUAGGGGCUCCCCCUCUGCUUUUCCAAUUGAAACUGAAAUGGUAUUCAUGGAGGGGAACAUACUAAACAUGUUUUCUAGUUAAUUUCUACCUUUUGGAACUUCACAAUGGCAUGCUAAUAUACAAAUAACAAAUGGCAAAGGGGGAAACUUUAUUUCUUCCCUAAUGCAAUGCUAACUGAAGUAGUCAAAUGGUAUUUAUCAAAAUUCAACUUUGUUGAAAUUUUGGUCUCCCUUUUUAUUUUGUGAUUCAGAUUGCCUGCCAUCAAUUUGUUGAUUGGCAUUGUAAAAUGUAAACCAAUAAUAAUGCUCUUUAUUUCCAUUUGGCUUUAUUCUUUGCAA